AUGGCAACACUUUCAUGCUCCGUCAAACAGGUGCAACAAAAAUCCGCUAGGUUGACAGUUAUCUUUUCGGCGAGUGAAAUUUUGGCGGAGGUAAAACAACGGAUAGAAGAGCGCAAGACGGAGAAGAACAAUGCCUUCAGACUUGCUCAUUCUACAGAAGGCACACCCCCUCGAGACGAGCCAAUGUAUGAUAUUGGUCCACAUUCUAAUCUGGUAGCACUAUCAGAUGUUCACGUUCAAAACUUUGACUUCGGAGAAUUCAUACCCUUAGUUGAAGAAACUUACGAAAAGAUGAGGGGAAUAGACCCUAGAUUGGGUCAGAGUCAAGAGAUCACAGGCAAGAAUUUGUAUAUUCGUCACAAAACCAGAGCGUGCACCCCUCAGGAAACCAGAAUAUCCAUCAUUCAGGUGGAUAUUCAACACGCCAACCCGUCGAAUCAGCAUCAAGCAGGUGAUGCUGAUUCGUCACAAGUGUCACAACAGUCUAGUUCCACUGAAGAUUCUGUCUUAGAUUUUAAUAAUUUUUAA